GGCAAGCAGUGGCAGCGGGCGCUGGCGCUGUUAAGCGAGAUGCAGGAGGUAAAGCUGGAGCCCACCGUCAUCAGUUACAGCGCUGGGAUCAGCGCGUGCGAGAAGGGCGAGGAGUGGCAGCGGGCGCUGACUCUGUUGAGCGAGAUGCGGGAGGUGAAGCUGGAGCCCAAUGCCAUCAUCAGCUACAACGCUGGGACCAGUGCGUGGAUAAAGGGCGGGCAGUGGCAGCGGACAUUGGCGUUGCUCAGGGAGAUAUGUGAGGCGAAGUUGGAGCCCGACGUCAUGAGCUACAGCGCUGGGAUCAACGCGUGCGAGGCAGGUGUGUAG